AUAAGCCGAAGGACGGCGUCAGGGCCAAAGUUAAAUCGUUCAUGAUUCUUCUUCUCGAAAAGAGCGUCGCGGUGCUCGCGCUGCUGUUCGUGCUUUUGCACGUUCAGAGGGCGCGAGCAUCUCGCAAGACAUUAUGUUUCCAGGCGGACUCAAGCGAACAGUCAGUGUACAACUAUACUCUUAUGGACAUCCAUAGGACACGUAAUGUCAACCUCUCCCGCUACAACAAUCAGGUGCUGCUGAUUGUCAACGUGGCGGGGUUCUGAGGGUCCACCCCCCAAUACUACGGACUGAAUGCACUGCAGAGGGAUCUCAAAAACUUUAAAGUCCUUGGCUUCCCCUGUAACCAGUUCGGCAAGCAAGAGCCAGGUGCUAACGGCACUGAAAUACUCAACACUCUCAAGUAUGUCCGCCCAGGCGACGGAUUUGUUCCUGCCUUUGACAUGUUUGAGAAAAUAGAGGUCAACGGUGACAACGAACAUCCUCUCUACACGUAUUUAAAGGCUUAUUGUCCUCCUGUCCAGGAAAUGUUCAACACGGAGGGACCUGGUCUCUACUACAAGCCAUACCAAAACUCCGACGUGCGCUGGAACUUUGAAAAAUUUCUCAUCAGUAAAAAGGGAAAACCAGUCCUGCGCUAUCACACCGGCAUCCAGCCUGCUGAAAUCCGAAAAGACAUUGAACAUUUGUUGUCAGAAAAAGAGAUUGACCCUUUCACCUUUUUUUAAACCCCGAGUCUUCCACUUAUUACUUCAUCAAAGACAGAUUUAUUUUAUCUCUUACAGGACAGCUAAAUUCCACAAAAGACAUCAGAUUAGUAAUUUAGACAUAGACAUCAGUGCAUUAGAAAGACUUUAUAGUAAAACUAUUAUUGACAACAAAAGUUUAUUAGUUGGCAGAUUUCAUGUCUUUUGGCCCAUGUUCACGAAAGAGUUUGCUAGGGAGUAUCAUGUGAUAUAUUUAUUGUCCACAUCCGAAACUAUCGUCACCUUUUCCAAGAUUCAUGGAUAAAAUUCCACUUAUAAAGAAGAUAAUGCGACUUGAAAUACUUCGAACCCUUAAAAAUCCUACAAUAGAAGUACUUCAUUUAUCUUCAUGGAUGACAAUGUUCUUUGACGUGUCUUAGAAAAAGAAAGUAGAUAUGCUAGAUGGUCCAAUUUGUCGAAGGACUACAUUUGCGUUUCGUGGAUUCAGCUAAUUUUAGCAACGGUAGAUGUUGCACAGUAUGUGCCGAACUAUUAGUGGCAUCAUUGACAAGGUUACCUUUCUGUGUCCCACCCCGAAUUAUUCGUGAGUAUUGCCAAUUACCUACUCUGCAUAGCUUUGUGUGUUGCCGUUAGCUAAAAUAGUAUGUUUUUAUAAUAAUCAUGACUUCCUUCAAUAAUAAACCUUCCCCAAAAUCAGCAAAAUCACUAACUUACAUCAUGUGAUUUAUAUCUAUUGCCCUUUACUCAAUACUAAUACAUUCCUUUGCAAACACGAUUGUUGAUUGAUGAAGUCAUUCUACUUCCGGCUUUGAUUCUAGCUACUAACGGCAAUGAUGAUCUCGUCAUAAACCUUUUGGGUAGACGUGGUUUGAUGUCACUGUGGUCCUGCAGGGAGUCGUGCAUUCUCACUUCAGGAUCAACAAUGAAUGUUGUUGCUUGAAUCAAAAGGAAAUACAACAGACUUCAUGGUCUCCUUCUAAAGCUGU